UUUUGUUUGCUAAAGACAAAAAGCAGCUUUUGCACUUGAAACCGCCACCGGCAUGCAGCUGUUUCACCUCCACCUUCCAUCCUCACCGUCCUCUCCCGCGCAGGAAGGAAGGAAGGGCGAGGGACGCGACGCGACGCGUUGUGGAUGUGGCUCGAAUGGACGAAUGCGGGUGUGUACUCUGCUCAGCACGGGCCUUUGCCCCGCCGUUCCCUUCUCCCUUCGCCGCCCGUCGCUUUGAACCGCCGUAUGUAUCCCGAGGCCCAUAAAGUUAUUCCUUUCCACUCCUUUGUCAUCUCGCCCUCGUCGGGAGACCAGCCUCCUUUCUCCCACCGCUGUAUCCCUCUCGCCGGCAUAUUCAUAAGGCAGUACCUGCUCCGUUCUCUUCUUGACGCUUUCACCCCAACUCUCCAGCUCCUCCCUGUCCAGCUGCUGAACAUCCACCCACUCAUCCUCCGAUCCAUCUGAUCUAUCUGUUUUCCGAUCCUACCAUGUCAACGUCUACUCGCCGCCAUGUCCUAGAGGACAAGCUCGCCAAUCACAAAGCUGACCCCAACGCAGCUGCAAACGCUGGCCAGGUGCAGGAGCGUACGACCAAGGGUUCUUCUUCCUCCGCCCCUCGCAAAGUCAGGUUCAACGUCGGCAACAACUACCACGUAGUCGAUGUCAUUGGCGAAGGCGCCUAUGGGGUAGUCGCUUCCGCCGUCCACCGCCCAUCAGGUACCAAAGUAGCUAUCAAGAAGAUUGCGCCGUUUGAUCAUUCAAUGUUUGCGUUGAGAACAUUGAGAGAGUUGAAGUUGUUGAAGUACUUUGCGGAGGAAGGUGUUAGUGAGAAUAUUAUCUCAGUGCUGGAUAUCAUCAAACCACCUUCUUACGACACUUUUAAAGAAGUCUACCUCGUCCAAGAACUUCUCGAAACAGAUCUUCAUCGCGUGAUCCGAACCCAAGACCUGAGCGACGACCAUUGUCAAUAUUUCUUAUACCAAACAUGUAGAGCUUUGAAGGCUUUGCAUUCUGCUGAAAUCAUCCAUCGCGACUUGAAACCAUCCAACCUCUUGCUCAAUGCCAACUGUGAUCUCAAAGUAUGCGAUUUCGGACUCGCACGGUCGACACAAACCGCCUUCCCGGCGGAGGGCAAUAACCAGGGAUUCAUGACGGAGUAUGUCGCAACAAGGUGGUAUAGAGCACCAGAAGUUAUGCUUUCGUUUCGAAUGUACACCAAGUCAAUUGACGUAUGGUCAGUGGGGUGUAUACUCGCAGAGAUGUUGAGUGGAAAACCCCUUUUCCCGGGGAAAGAUUACCACAAUCAACUAGCUCUCAUCCUUGAUGUGUUGGGUACACCUACUAUUGAUGAAUUUCAUGCCAUCACUUCAAAGAGGUCAAAAGAUUAUAUCCGAUCGUUGCCAUUCCGAAAGAAGAGGACGUUCGAAAGUAUUUACCCGAGCGCGAACCCGCUCGCUAUCGAUUUCUUGAGAAAGACACUUACUUUCGACCCCCGCAAACGGUACACAGUCGAACAAUGUCUCGCCCACCCUUACCUCGACGCCUACCACGACCCGGAAGACGAACCGUCCGCGAAACCGCUCCCACCCUCGUUCUUUGAGUUUGAUAUGAUGAAAGAUGAUAUUUCGAGGGAAGAGUUGAAGAGGCUGUUGUACGAGGAGAUUAUGGGGUUUCGUCCGGUUUUGGAGGGGUAGGUAUGCGUUUGAAGGGGUGGGUCGUAGAUAAAGUGAAGCCUGGCGAGGUGGGUAGGGUGGGUGGAUAGGGUGAGGGAGGAAAGAGAUGGUGGGGCUUGAAGAACUUUUUGAUAUUUUUGAUGGUUACGUUUCUUUUUCCAUAUUUACCAUGACUUUGUAUAUUCCCAUAUCCACUUACAACUAGACUUAUACGAUCAAGUAGUCGCUGAAUACCUUUAUCGCCCUUCCUUUGCCUUUUCGAUGAAAGUACCGAUGCAUUGCCCCCGCCCUUGAUG